GUCAGUAAACGGAUGGUUUUCGCGAGCAACAAUUGAUUGUAUUUUCGGCUCUGAUUUUAUUAAUAAUUCGUAUUUGUGCGAUGGAACUCUAUUACGCACCCUAUAGUCCACCGAGUCGCGCAGUCCGACUGAUUGCAGAAUAUAUCGGGUUAUCGCCGAAACUGCAUUACAUUGACGUAAUGAAAGGUGAGCAUCUGCGACCCGAAUAUGAAGAGAUAAAUCCUGAAAAGAAAAUACCAUUUCUGGUUGACGGAGAUCUAAGAAUGGGAGAAAGCCGAGCAAUAAUGGUUUACUUGGUGGAAAAAUAUGGGAAAAAUGCAAAGAUCCUUCCAAACGAUCCGACCGGGCGUGCUUUCGUUAAUUUAGCGCUCCAUUUUGAUCUCGGAACACUGUACAAAGCUAUUACUCAAUAUUACUUUCCGGUAAUACUGAAAAUGGAGGAAACCCAUUCUCCCGAGAAGUAUGAAAAAUUGAAGGAAUGCUUCGAUAUUUUAGACAAAAUGCUGGAAAGUCAAGACUACGUCGCAACUCGCUACCUGACAAUAGCAGAUCUCUCGCUGAUAGUAACUGUGAGCACAGCCGAGGUGUUGGGUUUCGAGCUGGACAAGUAUAAAAAUGUAUCGAAAUGGUGUGAGAAAGUGAAAGUGGCAACACCAGGAUACAGGAAGAUCAAUGCCGAAGGCGCUGAAUUGAUGAAGAGAAAAUUUUAUGAGUUCUCGGGAGGGAAAUGAUGGUGGCAACACGUAUGUUACCCCCUUGGUUGCAUACUUGGCAGGAGUAGCCAGCUACAUUGCUCCGAUCGACUCUCCAGCAAAAAGACUCGCGAAAUCGCUCAGACCGCGUUACUUAACGAAGGAUAAUCCACGAAACGAACGAUACGAUGUAUUUAAGCAGUACAAUAAAUGAACAGUCCUGAGUGUUGAAAGCUUCAUUUCUUUGUAAUCGAAGCACUCGUUACGUGUGCAUGGAAAAAAACGAUCGAGGCAGCUGUCAUCGAAAUUACUGGUCCAGCACUCUAACG